GCAACUACUCUAAUAUAUUCUCGGUCUUCAACCUUUCUCUCACUAAACCGUAGAGAGGGAAAGAAGACAUUUUUCGAUCGAGACCAAAGAAAUUAACAUGGGUAAUUGUGCUAGUGAACCAAAGACCAAGGGUGAUGAUGCUGCCGCAGUCCCAGCACCGGAGCCCAGGAAGGGGUCGGUUCAGGCCGAGGAGGUGAACGCUGAGCAGCUGCAGGAAGAAAACAAGGCUGAACAAAAUACCGAUGAUGGUCAUAACAAACAACCCUCUCUCGGGGCCUUGCUCAAGGAGGAAGAAGAGAAGAGAGCCGAAGUUGCGGCAAAGCUAGAAGAAGAGAAGAUAGCUGAAGUUGCGGAAAGGCCAGAAGAAGAGAAGAUAGCUGAAGUUGCGGCAAAGAUAGAAGAAGCAGAAGAAAAGCCAAAGACCACUGAGAAGAAUGAGGAGACAGCGGUUGAGCUCGAGAAAUCACCUGAAGCAGCAGCACCAGCUGCAGUUACCCAAGAAGACAAGAAAUGUGAUAUUGAGGAGAAGAGAGAGGAGAUAGCGGUUGAGCUCGAGAAAUCACCUGAAGUAGCAGCACCAGCUGCAGUUACCCAAGAAGACAAGAAAUCUGAUAUUGAGGAGAAGAAAGCCGAAGAGGUAAAGGAGACAAAACCAGAAGAGACCACGACGACAAAAACAGAAGAGACCAAGGAGACAAAACCUGAAGUGAAAGACCAAAUAUGAAUUAAACCUGCUUAUAAGGGACUGACUGUGGGCUUGUAACUAAUAACAAAUAGAUUGCCACUUGUCAUGUGUCUGUUUGUUCCAUUUGUAUGUUGGUUCCUUAAUAUGUAAGCUGUAUGUCAAGCUAUAAAUAGUUUUGGUGUUACAGUUUGGGCGGUUAAAUGAAAGGUUGAUUUCUGCAAAUCCCCUUUCUUCUUCUUCAAGAA